CCGCCUCCUCCCCGCCGAUCGUUUCGGAAAAAAAGGCUCCAGCGGAGCGGCUGUCCAGGGGAGGGGGGACUGGGGGGCGUCUCUCCCGCUCGCCCUCAGAGGACCCCUCCUCGCCCCUUCGCUCCGGCCGAGGUGACCGUUUUUAAAUUAAGCGAGGACGCGGGGCAGCCUGAGGACUUCAUGUCUGUUCAUUUCCCCCUUCCCUGCCCUGACUACCUGAGAUCGGCUGAGAUGACUGAGGUGAUGAUGACCACUCCGUCUAUGGAGGAGAUGGGGCUGAGCCCACGCAAGGACGGGCUCUCCUAUCAGAUCUUCCCCGACCCCUCCGACUUCGAUCGCUAUUGCAAGCUGAAGGACCGCCUGCCUUCCAUAGUGGUUGAACCCACUGAGGGCGAGGUAGAAAGCGGGGAGCUGAGAUGGCCCCCGGAAGAGUUUUUGGUCCCAGAGGACGAGCAAGAAAACUGUGAAGAGACAGAGAAGGAGAACAAGGAGCAGUAAAGCCACCGCAAGCACCCGAUGGGGGCAAAAAAAAAAAAAUACACCUGAACUGUAUUUUUUUCUCAUCGUGAUGGAGGAAGAGAGUAAGCCACAGUAGUUCUGAAAAUGUUAACGACAGCUUCAAUUUUGCACCUGCGAGAUCAUUGGGUUGGUUUUCUUUUUUUUUUUUUGAUAAGUAUAUAUAUAUAAGUAUAUAUAUAUAUAUUUUUUUUUCCAAAAUCUGUCAAGCAGCCGAGCCCUCGAUGUGCCGACUCACAAGGCCUCUUGAGACAGGAAGUUGCUUAGAGAGAAGAAAGAAAGAAAAACCGCUGCUUUCGAGAUUGCUAUCUGAACUUGUGCAGAGUCGCGAGGCAGCCGCAAAAUUCCAGGGGGGGGGCCUUGGUGGAGGGUGGAAAUGUGCGAGGAACCAUGGGGCAGGAAAACAGACAAAAGAAAGGAGGAAAUGCACGUUUUAAGAACAGACACGACGGCGAACCACACAGCCAGCAAGUAUUCAGAGAAAACCAGCUCCGGCUAUGUCAGAAUACCAAGUCUUCAUCUCUCUCCA